AUGUUGUCAGCAGUGAGAAGCCUUUCCCUGCCCAUCGCUCGGCAAGUGUUGCCUACGUUGAGCACGCUUGCUAAGAGGCUUUCCUCGGACCAGGCCCCCAAGGAUGAGAAGCACAAGGACGAGAAGACGGAGGACCAGAAGCCCAAACUCGAUCCGAGACUCAAGGGUCUGAUGGAGUUUUUCGAUGAGCCGAGGCACUGGGGUGCGUCGGAGGUGCGGGUGGGGCGUGCGUGGCGGGCGGAGGAACUCCGGAUCAAGAGCAACUCCGACCUGCACAAGCUGUGGUUUGUGCUGCUUAAGGAGCGCAACAUGCUUCUCUCGAUGGAGCACGAGAGCAAGCAGGAGUUCAGGUUGUUCCCAAAUCCAGAGAGAUUGGACAAAGUAGAGCAAAGCAUGGAGAACCUGGAGGUGGUGGUGCGUGAACGCAACCGAGCCUAUCACCUGCUCGAAACUGGGGAGUCGGGCGAGCGACCGGGGAUGUGGGUCACCGACUGGUUGGGUCGGGUGAUAUUCUACAGGAAGCUGGAGCAUGUCCACCCGCCACGAGUGUUACCCUACCCGUCCAUCAACCGGAAGUUCCGCUACCGGAAGGACUAUGGCUUCACGCAGUUUAAUCCGGACGUGGAGGCCUUCCUGAAGCUCUACCGUGAAAAGCGACUCAAGAAGUACCUCGCUCGGAUGCGACGUCAGAGGUCGGCGGUCCUCCGCCUCCUGGAGAAGUUCCCCAAGGUCGACCCAGAGGCCCUGCAGAAGGAGUUUCCCCUGCUGGACAUACCCUGGAUCAUCCAGCUGAGAGAGGAAAGACUUAAGGUCACACGACAGAUAUCCUGA